AUGAGUGCUUACAACCCCGAAGGCCAAUUCUUCCUUGCCAAGAAUUGGCCUUUGAGGUUUCAUGUGAUGUCAAAGUGUCAUGCCAAGGGUGAUCCAACCUAUCUGUAUCUGACCCUGUACCCUCCCUCAAAUUCGCACACUCCACUUCCGCCUCCCUUACAAUGGCCUGGUCAACCCAGGGAUCUUACCUGA